UGGCUCGCUCGGGAGCAGGAGGAGGGAGCAGCCCUAGCUGAAUACAUUGCCGGCAGCGCACAGUGUAUUGGCUCAAGAAGGCGCAGGGUGGGGAACCAGGGAAGGAAGAGCCCGCUGCUGCUCACUCAGUUGCUGGCUGCACCUCGGAGCAGGAGCCUCACUGCCACCAGCAUCCGGGACUAAGGUGUUUGACUGGAAGUGUUGUUAACCUGGAUUAUGAAUGGCAAAAUCAGGGAAUGGAAGUUCAUACUCCUCUGCUGAGUUGACAAGUUUCAUCUUCAAGAAAAUUUAGAACAGAACAAAUUGACUUGUGAAGCUGUGUGUUCCUAAUCUCAGCCUCCACUGGGAACAUGUCACUAGUCCAACUUCUUAACACGACUCCAUUCAGCCUCAUCAAAUAUGAAUCACCCUGGAUUUAAUACAUUUUGUUGAUUCCGACUUUAAGAGUUUAAGCUGAUUUUUCUAAGGCAACAGAUUUACUGAUGAACUCUCAAAAGACAUCACAAGUGCCUGGAAUGAAUUACUUGGGGUCAUUUUGUUAUCUGUGACGUAUCCAACAAACUUUAGAAAGAGAAACUGCGAGUGGCUGGAAAUAAUUCCCUGAAUUAAUAUAACCACAGUGAGAACUUUUCUCCUACAUGUUACUACUCCAUUUCCAAACAUCUCUUUAUAAAAAAUGGCAGAAAACAUUUAGAUUAUUUUUAAACCUGUUUUUUAGGAUCCAAAAAGAUACCCUCAUCUGAGGGAUUAUUUUGAUGGACUUUGCCAGGGCAGCUCUGAAUAGUAAAGUCUUUAGUAAUCGGCAAGAUGUCCACUAAGGUCCCAAUCUACCUGAAAAGAGGUAGUAGGAAGGGCAAGAAGGAAAAACUCCGAGAUAUCCUUUCUUCUGAUAUGAUCAGCCCCCCCUUGGGAGACUUCAGACACACUAUUCACAUAGGGAGUGGUGGGGAGAAUGAUAUGUUUGGGGAUAUUUCUUUCUUGCAAGGGAAAUUCCACCUUCUACCAAGGACUGAAGGUAGCCUAGAUUCUGACAGGGGCAGCCACUGUGGAGUGCCAUUUGAGUUCUCAAGGACUGCUACUAUCUCUGGUCAUGAGCAACCAUUUUCUGAAGCUCCCUCGCCACUCUUAAAAAAUGCCAUCUCACUGCCUGUCAUUGGGGGUCCACAGGCUCUAAUGUUGCCCUCUACCCAGGCCCCACCAAAGCCACCAAGGCUGCACCUUGAUGAUAAAGUUCAACCAGCUCUGCAAGGCAAGGAAGCUGUGGCAGAACUGACUUCAUCCAAGGACAGCAGGACUUCUGAACCUAUCCCUCAUCUCUGCAGCCCCAAUGAGCUGUUUGCCAUCCCUCAGAAUGGGUUUGUUGAAGAGAAAAAUAAGAAUGAGUCCUUUAUGUCCCAUGCUGGUUCCCUGCUCUCCCUCCAUGUGGAUCUGGGGCCGUCUAUCUUGGAGGAUGUCCUUCAAGUCAUGGAUAAACACCAAGCUGGGAAAGUGAUACAAGAUUCUGGCAGGCAAGAAAUCCUGACAUGAAAACUAAAGGGACUUACGUGGGGAAAGACUUUAAAAUGUAGAGUUUUGUAGAUAAGAAUUUUCCCCCCAAUGUGGAAUAUGGUUAACUGGGCCAGCUUGAAUUAGUGAAUUUUAUCCUGUGUGAAAUCCCAAUUGUGCAUCUUAUAGUAAUAGGGUAUUAAGCUUUUAGGAGUGUGUUGCUUACUUUCACCAAUGCCCAUCAUACUGACGCUUUUUUUUAUGUUGCUUUCUGCAGGCCUUUGAAUGCUGCUCAGUACUGAAAAAUGUAUGAAACUAAGAUAAGUUCAGUAGCAGCAAUAAAUUGCCGCUUAGCAAUAAGACCUCUAACUUUACUGAUAUGAAUAAAUUUUAAGGGAUAUGACACUUUUUUAAAGGACUGUUUCAUUUUAAACUAUUUGUAGUGGGUGUGGUGUGAAUGAUGCUGUGGAAUAUCAAGAGUUUAAUUCAAAAGGAUCCUGGUUCAGAUUGAGAAACUAUUUUACACAGAACUUUGUUAAAGUAGAGCCUGUGAGAGAUGCCAUAUUGUUGGGGUCCUUGUUAAAGGAAAAAAAGAUGUAGACUGGAAUAUAACCACAUAUAUUAAGGGGAUUUCUCAUUAGCAUUGUUGUAAUCAAGAUUCACUGUCCACAUUAGUCAUGUAACUCACCCACAGAUGUAGUACAACUCAAUCAAGUUGACACAUACUGUUCUAAAUCAAACUGUCUUCCUAUCUGUAUUUACUGUUUGAAAACCUGACCACUUGCUGUUUGCCAGAUAACUUGAAUUGUCAAAUGGACUGUAAGCAAUUUUUUUUAACCUCUUAAUUGAAUUUUUAAAAGAAUCUGCCACUUUACCAGUAAAGCAACUAGGAAAAAAAUCCAUUUGGCUUUGAUGAUGAUCCUUCUUUAUAAAAAAGCUAGGAGUAAAAAUUAGCAGACUGUAUAGUUAUGCCUAUGUCUGCUAAAAUAGAGUCAAUGGUUGGAAGUUGAAAUCAUCGUACUUCAAGCUGGAAAUAAGAUGAAACUUUUCAACAGCAAGAAUAAUUAACCACUGGAACAGAUUACCAAGGGAUGUGGUAAAUUCUCCAUCACUUGGAGUCUACAAACUGAGAGACACUCUAAUUCAACCACAAAUUGUUGAGCUUGAUGCAGGAAAUUGUGGGGAUACUUUUUAGCCGGUGUUAUGCAGGAUGAUGAUGGUUCCUUCUGGCCUUAAAAUUGAUGGAAAUCUAAAUUCUGCUGGCCUUAGAACUGCAGAAAUAGCCAAGACAACAGAUGGUUCUAUUUGCUCAAGUGGGUCAUAUUUUCAAAGGUGCCUAAAAGAUUUGGACUCCCACUUCCCAUUAAAAUUCCCUAGGUGGUUUUAAAUGUCAA